AUGCUCUUUCUUCCCUGCCCUGACACCUGCAAGUUGGUGUUAGUCUUGGGAGACCUUCACAUUCCACAUCGCUGCAACAGCCUCCCAGCCAAGUUCAAGAAGCUGCUGGUUCCUGGGAAGAUCCAACACAUCCUCUGCACAGGGAACCUCUGCACCAAGGACACCUACGACUACCUCAAGACUCUGGCUGGGGAUGUUCACGUGGUCAGAGGGGACUUCGAUGAGAACCUGAACUACCCCGAACAGAAAGUUGUGACUGUUGGGCAGUUCAAAAUUGGGCUGAUUCACGGGCACCAGGUGAUCCCCUGGGGGGACAUGGCCAGCCUGGCACUGCUCCAGAGGCAGUUUGAUGUGGACAUCCUCAUCUCGGGACACACACACAAAUUUGAGGCAUUUGAGCACGAAAAUAAGUUCUAUAUCAACCCAGGAUCAGCUACAGGAGCUUAUCAUGCCCUGGAGAACAACAUCAUCCCCUCGUUUGUGCUGAUGGAUAUCCAGGCUUCCACAGUGGUCACAUAUGUCUAUCAGCUAAUUGGAGAUGAUGUGAAAGUAGAGAGAAUCGAGUACAAAAAGUCUUAA